UUUCUCAUAAUACUUCCCUACUGUUUUUUAUAUUUUUAUUGUACCGGCAGUGUAGGAUUAUCAAUAUUUUUAUGUUUGUUUUAAUGUAUUGGGAAUUUUUAUAUACCUAUUUUUGCAAGUGCCUAAGAGCGUCGCAAUAAAAUGCAAAAUCCAUCCAUCCAUCCAAUAUGGCACUGUUCCUUUCGGUGAAUUUACUGUACAAAUGAUAUAAUCCCAGUCUAUGGUCGCUGAAGAGUCGUUUGGCAAAAGCCGUUUCAUUUUUUAUUCGUAAACGGCUUUGAGAAUUGGCUUUCUAGAUGUAGAGGCUUUUCGCGUUCAUUUAUACCAGAAUUCUUGAUUCACCCCAUGCCUGUCUACGUGUUUCUUGAAACGGGGCGAAUCAAGAAUAUUAUUUUAUUACUCUAGUUUAAACCAUCAAACAGAUCUCAGUCAGCUCUCAUCAAACAAUUCGGAGUUUGCUUUCAAUGUGUUCCUGAGCCGAUCAGGAGUCUAGUGGUGCGAAAAUCUACUCAAUUAGUACUAAUUAUCCCUAAGAUAAUUGGAUUUUACAAAAGUUAAAAAUACGGUUUAUUUUAACGAGUGUUCUUGAUUCACUCCACUCAGAGCUAUAUGUUUUCUUGAAUCACCCCAAACGCAGCGAAUCAAGAAUAGCUGUGGGGCGAACCAGUAAAACCACUGGAAGUCCGAUACUUUGAAGCAUUUUAAGCCGAUUUUUCACAAGUGUAUCAAUGAGAGUCUUGUCUAUAUGACUGCCAACGCCCGCAAAAAGAUCUCUAAGAUUAAAAAAGGUAUUCAACAAAUACUGGCAUGAUCGCGAAAUUAUUCUUGAUUCGCCCCACACCACUCUAUAUGGCAAUGAAAUUGCUUUGUAGUUCUUAAAAUUAUGUUUGAUUGAUCUCUUUUCUUUUGAUGCGGCACAUUGAUAUGAGCAAGUGUUAUUCUUUUAACCGAGCAAAGUGUGUUAACAGAGUAUACACACAUGGGAUCCCGGUCUUGUGCAGUCACUUGGAGUCAAGUGGAGUCACCUGAUGUGGUGUACUCAGAAGGUAAAAUAAAAGAUCCUAUGAGAUUCGAUGGAGUCUGAUGGACUCCGGGGAUGUGAUGGCGUAUUUCAACUGUGAAGGACAUUAGCUUUUCAACGAGCUCUAGUUCCCUUGAGCUGUGAGCUAGUAUGAACUCGUUAAUGGUUUAUUCCCCAAAACAACAUUUCGGAACAUGUUGCUCUGUCAAAGGAUCCAGUUUCCAGAACAGAACAAAAGGGUUCCGUUUUUCGGGAAAACAUCCCACAACAGCAGAUUUUUUUGUUCUGUUAUGGGAAUUGACGUCCUUGAAAAAGGUAAAUUUGUUCUGUUUUUGGGAAUCGAAUUUCAUAACACGCCAUUUGUUCUAGCAUGGGAAUACAACAAUGACAAGUUUUUAAAAGAAGGCCAAUAGACUCGGUCAGAUAUGACUUGUCUGGAGUCAGGUGGAGUCAGUUGAAGUCAGUUGAAAUCAAUUGAAGUCAUUUGGAGUCAAGUGGAGUCAGUUGGCGUGUUGAAGUCUGGAGUCCGCUGUUUCCCCCUUGCGUAUUUAUCAUCAACAAAAGAUCGUCAAAUAGCUGAAAAUUUUGCAUUAAAUAGUAAAACACCAAACAAAAUUUCUGUUCUCUGUAUUUAUAAUAUUUCUAGAAAUGGACAAGCGUUAUGUACAGAAACAUUAUUUGUGCAUUCAAACGAAAAAGAAGUGCUUAUUCUUCCAUUUGCAUUGUUCGUAGUUCACAAAGUCGAAUUAAUUAAACAUCAAAGUAGUAUUGGUAAUUUAGUUAUAAUUCAACUCAAUAACCCUCACAUUUAACCGGUGUUCAACCAGUGUUCAAGCAGAUGAAUCGAUCGAUAUAUCCCAAGAUGCAUCGCCCAAUACAUUGUACGAUGUAUCGGCAGUUUUAUCGGGCGAUUUCACGCGUGCCUCAUCUGCAGCCGAUAUACAACUAGAUUCAUCUUCCGAUAUAUUGCCCGAUGAAUCGGGUUAA